GUUCCCAAACAUGUUCUUGUUUUUGAAAUCAUAUAGCUGUUGACUACUCACCAGCCAAACUCUCCUAUCACAUCCUAUAAGUAAAUUUUGCUUGUGUGGAGAUUGAGAAUGGACUCCGUUUCCCAUCGGUCAUUGCGGCUGGUAACCUUCGACAGCCGCUCCAGUGAAAACAAGCCGAUCAGCUGAUUUGACCUGGCAACAACAUUUACCCGAAUCUACCGGGGAGGGGAAUCAUUUUACAAGCUGGUGGGGUAAAACAGUUAUCUUGACAUCAACCGGCUUAUUAAUUUGUGUUUAACAAAGGGUCGUUGUCGCGUGCGAUGUUUCGGGAAUUCAGCAGCUUGUUUGAUGAAAACUGCGGUGUGAUUCUGGCUCGAAAUCAGCUUGUUUUGUUCGGUCAAAGCUGUGUUGUUGGGUGAACAUACUUUAAGGACAGUCUGUACGAUACUAAACAGUUAUUAAUUCAGCUGCAUUAGUCAUAUUUCUAACCCCCUAGUAUUAGUAGUCUUUGAAAUUUGAGGUGUUUUUACAGACACGUAUGCUAAGCUCAGAUAGCUUGAGUACGUUAACAAAGCCCAGGACGAUAACAACACCCGAAUGUAGCUGUUUUCUUAGUGGUUACAUGUGCCAAUAAAUACAUGUCGGUGGUUGUUGUUUGUAAGUUUAGACACUUUAGACAGCUUGAUCACUUUAAAAUCAACCAGAAAGCUAGACAAGUCUGACCUAGUGCCAGUGCUAUACGGAUGUCAACUGAUCUAUUUAUAGUUCAUAUUGAAUAUUUGAUUUUAAGCCAGUGUCAUAAUCUGACACAUCACAUUUUGAAUUCCAAUGAAAUUCAAGGCAAACGAGUAAGGUAUUUUGUUUAAGAUCUCAAAUGCAUCAUAUUUGAGGCAUUAUAUAUCAUCUGUCUUGUUGGUCUCUGCUGUAUUUUGGUUCAACUUUGAGGAAUAUCUAGUCAGUGUAUUUACAGAGGGAUUUUAGUACUUUAAAUUCGGUUGCUCCCGUUCGGUUCGCUACCUCGCUGUUAUAUUUAGACUUAUAAUGAACAGUCAGGGCUCGUCGGCGGAGAAGGGGGUGAACGGCGUCCUGGUUUGUCAGGAGAGUUACGCCUGCGGUGGCUCUGACGAGGCCGCCUUCGAGUGCGACGAAUGCGGCAGCCUGCAGUGCAUCCGCUGCGAGCUGGAGCUCCACCGUCAGGAGCGCAUGAGGAACCACGACAGGAUCCGGAUCUCACCUGGCCACGUACCUUACUGCGAUUCAUGUAAAGGGGACGGGGGCGUUGCGAACGGGGGUCGGCUGAGAGCAGUGGUCCGCUGUCAGGGAUGUAAAAUCAACCUGUGUUUAGACUGUCAAAAACGGACUCACAGUGGGGUCAGUAAAAGAAAGCACCCUCUCACUGCCUACCCUCCCUCGAAACCCGCGGAGAAGAACUGCAGCACUGGAGAUGAACAGCUGGAUGCGUUGAAAGCUAAACUGGAGCAAGUCACCAGCUUUCUUCUAGUGGAUGAAAAGGAAGAUAUGCAGGUCAAGGAUGAGGAGGAGUUUGUUAGGAAAUUAGGCUGUAGGCCCGAGGAGCUCUUGAAGGUGGUGUCCAUUUUCGGCAACACUGGAGAAGGCAAAUCUCACACCCUCAAUCACACUUUUUUUUUGGGUCGUGAAGUUUUCAGGACAUCUCCAACCCAGGAAUCCUGCACCGUCGGGGUGUGGGGAGCACUGGACCCUCUUCAUAAGGUGGUGAUUGUUGACACAGAGGGACUUCUGGGGGCAGGAACUAACCAAGGACAGCGAACCCGCCUCCUCCUGAAGGUGCUCGCAGUCUCCGAUCUGGUCAUCUAUCGGACACAUGCUGACCGGCUACAUGAUGAUCUUUUCAAGUUUCUUGGAGAUGCAUCAGAUGCGUAUCUAAAGCAUUUCACGAAGGAGCUGAAAGCCACAACUGCACGUUGUGGUUUGGACGUGCCCCUUUCAACUCUGGGUCCUGCCGUUAUAAUCUUCCAUGAGACCGUCCACACCAAGUUAUUAGGCUCAGACAAGCCAUCAGAAUCAGCCGAGCGGCUUCUUCAGGAACGUUUCCGAAAGCUUGGCCUCUUUCCGGAAGCAUUCAGCUCUAUUCAGUACCGGGGCACUCGAACCCACAACCCCCCGACUGACUUCAGCGGUCUGCUGCGCAGCGUGGAGCAGCAGUUAGACAACAACACUACACGAUCUCCACGGUCUGCUGGUGUCAUCUACAAAGCCUUGCAGGCUUUGAGUGAGUGCUUUAGUGGAGAGAUUCCUGAUGAGCAUCUGGCAAGCAACUCUUUUUUUCCAGAUGAAUACUUUACCUGCUCCAGCAUCUGCCUCAGCUGUGGGUAAGUCUUCACAUCUCAGGAAUCACUGCACUUCUGAUUUCAAAUCUGUUUAGCAUUUCUAA